AUAACUCUUCUUUAAAGAUACAGGGUUUUAUUCACCAUAGAUUUAUAUUUAUAGCAAUAUGUAUAUAUAAAUCUAUAUAUUAUUCAGUUAUAGACGGACUCUGUUUUCUAAGUUAGGUCUGUCUAAGAAUAGUUCAUACGUAACUGUUAUUUUUGUGUAGGCCUAUAUGGAGCUAACACUCUUUACAAAUUUGAAAUACUAAAUAUGAGAAAAAGUCUUUGAUGUCUUCUACGCUCCAAAAGCAUUUAACACUCUAGUCCAAACUCUUUUGUGAACAUGCUGGGAGGGGUGAUCAGGGAUUAUCUGAGAGAAAAUCCCGUGCUGCCUUUAUACUGUCAGCAAAGCCAGAUCAGCUCGAGUUGAAUCUUGAAUAGCAAAUUACUAGUCUACUCCGGAUUUCGAAUUCAAUAAGAGCCAUGGCAAGUUUUAGGAUCGUCCGAGAAAAAAUUGUUCGAAGGACAUUGGCUCAAUUGGUAAAGUUAAGAGAGGAUGCUGAUAACGAGACACAUGAUACAAGUUCUGAAGAGAUCAAAGUAAAUGGCUUCGAAGAUCCCAGUAACGACGCUUUUGAAACUCGGGAAUCCCUAGCUGUCGAUAGUUUAGGUUUGCAAGACGCUUCUAGCUUGAGCACAGUGAAGUUGAAAAAACAGUCAAGACAUUUUGAGUUUAUCAAGGCAACAAAACCAAUGAGAAGUUUCUCAUAUUGGAAGCAAAUCCAUAAAGUAACAGGAUUGCUAAACACUGGCCAGGUUGUGGCUGAAACACUUUAUGUUCCAGAGUUGGACUCUUGUUUCAGAUACGGCAUAUACUUUCCCAAACAAGAAACCAGUAAUUGUUACUGCAUGGAAAUAUUUAUUGACAUGUGUCAAACAGGCAAAGAGGUAACAUUGCCAGUUUUUCUCCAAACCUCUACCAAAAUAUUUAUUAUAAACCAAAGCAAACAAUCUGAGGAAAUAUUUGCGAGUGAGGAAGGAAUUUUUAAUUUAACAAGGAACAGAGAAUUUGGUUGGUUCGAAGUGGCCUCUGUUUCUACAAACUGGCUUGAAAUGAUAAAGAACAAAAUUUGUUUACUUGAAAAUGACAACUUAACUGUCAGGCUAGCGGUAAAUGUUUACGACAGUUUGGCAUCGAAUAGGCCAACAGAACUUGAAGAGAAUGAUAGCAGCGAAUCCGAUUCCUCUGAAACGGACGAAGAAGACGAAGAAUCGACUGAAGACAUGUUGCUCCUCGAUUCUUUUCUUUGUCCUGUGUCUGAAUUAGACUUGAGUGUUAGCGACGGUUUGUUAUUUGAAAGUGAGGAAUGGCAUUUGGAGUUUUUGGGACACAGCGUCAAAGCCAUUUUUAUUUUAGGUUGCGACGAAAAACUAGACAUCUUCUUAGAUUUCUUCCUCGGCUCUCCAACCACCUUGCCGGACAUUGCCAUCUUCAAGUGCCGGGUGAGCAUUGUCCACCCUGAGGAUAAGAAGAAGACCACCGUGGUAGGAGAGAACGACCUCCUUUUCGACAUGCUCAACAAUGCUACUGCUAUUUGGCAUAACAACCAUGUCACCACUGUUGACAUUGACCAGAUAGAUAAAACAUGUUUUGUCGCAGAUAAUAAAGUGCUGUUUAGAUUUGACUUUACUUUGCUAGAUUAGACAAAUGCAAAACUAUGACAUCUACUGCGUGUUGAGUCUGUGAUGUUCUGACAUUUGUUCACACAGGAAGGAAAGAAGUCUUUUCACCACUAUUACGCAUUCUCUGUAAUACACUUCAUGUGUGUCUCCUUUUCACACAUGUUCAAAAAAAUAUAUUUAGGUGUAACGAAUGGGAAGAACUACACAUUUACAGCCAUAGAUUCUAAUACUGUAAGAUUUAUUAUCCUUUUUUUAUGAAAAAAAAACAAACAAAACAAACAACCUACCAUUAUUUUAUUAACUAAUUAGGGCUUUUUUU